AUGCCAAUAUGCCCUGUGUGGAGUCCCACCGAUGUGCUCAGGCGGCCAAGCGGAGGAUUGCGGAGCAGCAGCCCUGGACCCCUGGGUUGCCCGUCCCUGAGUUUGUUGCUCGAAUGGCGCAGUACUGGUUACCGCCAUCAUGUGCGGAGAUGGCGAACUUCUGAGCUGACCCACCGUCCCAUCAAGUUCAUCACUCCAGCACAGCGUCCGGACCAGCAGCCGGUGUUCGUCGUUGGAGACUCUCACCUGCGGGCCAUCGUGGACGGAUUUGUGAGUAUGACACAGGGAUCUCUGUCUUUUUCUUUUCUUUCUGUUCCAGGUGGAGCAGCAGCUGACCUGAGGACAGAGGUGAUGCAUGCUUCCCUUCCGUGGACCCCGGAUACGGUCUGUGUGUGUGCCCCGAGCAACAACCUCACCGCCAGCAGGACCAUUGGUGAGGCAGCGUUGGACUUCGGUGCUCUCCUGACCACAGUCUGCAGCCUCUUGCCAAAGGUGUUGCUGGACUUCCCUCCACGCAUCAACACUGAUCUGGGCCUGCAGGACCUGCUGCGUCAGGAGUACCACCGUGUCGCAGCACGCAUGGGUCUCCCGUAUGUGUCUGUGGCAGAGCACCUCCCUCUGCAUCGGUUGGAGCUGUGGUGCCACGACGGUGUGCACCUUAGCAACACUGAUGGCAUGCCGGCCAUGGUGGAGCUGCUGUGGGAUGCUGCGGUCCGCCAGCUGGUACCCCCUCCACCUGAGCCCCCAGUGUCUCCCCAGACAUCACCGCGUGCCAAGGUUUCCCCCAGGCUGGUUGUGACGGGACACGUCCCCGUGCCUCGUCACAGUGACCCCUGGGAAUGGACCGUUGUUGGACGGGAGUGCAAGGCUGGAACACCUAUGGUGCGACAGUCUGUCAUCCAGUCCAACCCUGUGUGGUUCAGGGGUGCCAUGUUGGAUGCCAUGGUGAAGGUUUUGCCGCCUUCUGGCUCUGACUGCACUGCUGCUCCAGCAGCUGGCCAGGUGCUGGCAACACCUUCACCUGCUGCCUCCAUGCCCAGUCCAGCAGUGUAGCAGGUGUUGGCGGCAGCCCAGGAGUCCGUGGGGGGGGUCUGUGGUGCCACUGUCUGCUGGUGUGGUGUCAGAGUUGGUGGAGGAGGAGGUUGCUGCAGCUUGCCCUGCCAUGCUGAUGGAGUCCAUUGUCGAAGAGGGAGCACGAAUGCCAAAGAAGAUCAGCAAAGCUAAGUCUAGUUUUUCUUCUUGUUUUUUCUGUUUCUAAUGUUAAAGCAGCUCAGUUAGAUUCCAACAGCACUGAUGUGGCAGUGGUGGCUAAGAAUAGCAGAGGAUUUAAGAUAGUAUAAAGGUUGUUAGGGGGUCAUUUCACCAGCGAGACGAGCGGUUUAUAUAUGGAGGAUUGCAGUGUAUGGCUAUAGCUUUGGUCAGCUUAGCCAAACACACGGUGAGCAGUGUGUUCUCAUGGAAGACACAUGAUCUGGAUCGUGCGUUGGUUGUUCUGCGGAGAGUUGUAUCAUUGAGAUGAGUACAGUGCCAGCACCAGAGUCUAGUGUUACUGAGCGCAGGAGAAAUUAGGUUUCUGCAGGCGUGUCUGAGUGUGUCCUUAGUGUAGCUGCGAGUCUAUCAGUGGUUAAUAUUUCUGUUCAGACACUAGCCAUUGAGGUUAGCAGCGGUUCAGAGGAAGAACCAACAAGUACUUAUGGCAGAAAGCGCAAGAUUUCUUCUCACAUUUUUGUCAAAGAAAUCAAAGAGGUUUGAUGUUAGUGAAAUUAACUCAGAUGUAGAAUUUAUUAGUGCUGUGAGGAAUGAGGAGCUGGUCUUCUGUCCUCUUGGUGUAGAUGUUUGUCAGGUUUUGUGCACAAAAUUAAAUGUUGACUUUGUGAAGGUCACUGGUCCAGUGUCCAAAGAAGUUGGGUUGACAGGUGUCCCAUGUAGGAAUGAGAAGAUCGUGGCUGAUGGUAACUGCUUCUUCAGAGCCAUCUCUCAGGCUGUGAGUGGUUCACAGAAGCACCAUCGGAAGAUUAGACUGGCAGUAUGUGAAGAGUUGGAGAGGAAUGAGGGUAAAUACCAGAGUAUUUUGAGGAGUGAAUAUUCCUCUGUACCCAGAACAUUCAGCAAUCCAGGAUGAGAACUGUUAACACUUGGGCCACAGAGGUGGAAAUACAGGUCACAGCAGAUUGGUUAGGAGUUAGUGUGUGUACUUUUUAUGGUGGACGUUUGAAGUACAGCAGUGACAAUGAGCAUUUGUCAGCAGAGUGCAUUUACUUAGAGAACAUCAUGAACAAGCAUUUUGAGAAUGUUGUUUGUUUUUGUAAGCCUGGACUACAGACUUGUUACGGUUACUGUAAAGUUAGUGAAGUGACAGGUUACAGCAUUAGGUCUAGAAUGAAGGAUAUUGUAGACUGUGACAAGGCAGCAGUAGGAUGUAACUUAGAAUUUGUAGAUUAUGAUAAAGGUGUUGAUAGUGGUGAGGUUGUGGAGAAUGCUACUGAGGUAAAAUCAAGUAGUAAGUCUUUGAGGUCAAAGUUUUUGAGGCAGAAGAAAAAGACAGGAGAAAUUUGACAUGUUGAUAAGGGAGAAACGUCAGUUAAAGAUUAAAAAGAUGUAUUAUGAAAAUGUGCUGUUUUAGGGAAAGGGCGAAAUUAUGGAGUGUAGCAAACUAUCAUGAAAAUAUACCACAUAGAGAGUGUUAAAGCCAAGACUAAAGUAAAGAGUAUGGUGAAAUAUAGAGACAGCCUCAAGCAUAGAGAGAGGGUUAAAGAAAGGAGUAGAGAAGUGAGGACAAGAAAGUAUCAUGAUACUUCAUGUUUGAGCAUGAGUUUAAGCAGCAAGUUAUUGCCAGUGUUGGGUUUAGUAGGAAGCAGAAGACAGAGGUCAAAAGAUUUCAAUUGUGUUAUGCCAACGUAGUGCAGACGACUAAUGUGUUUCCACGUUCUAGCAUGGAAGGGUCUUUGCUGCAGGUGAAGUUAAAGCGUAAAUUGACGUAUGAAGGGCAUUACGAGUAUCAGUUUGUGGAUACUUCAUGUGUAAGACAGGCGCUAGAGUAUUUAAAGGGGACUAAUGUGUAUUACAAGGAUAUUGAGUUCAAUGAAGAGUGGGUAAAUGAGUUUUGUAGGCAGAAAGAUGGGUAGAAUGAGGAGGAUCAGUCAGCCAGUGAGGAUGAAGCUGUUGUAAAAAAGGUAGAAUGUGAGGAUGAAUAGGUUGUUAGAGACAGUGAGAUGACGGCUCAGGCAGGUGGUGAGGUUACAGAACAGGCUGUAGUUGAUGGUGUGGAGGAAACAUCAGAGAUAAUACAAGAUGAACUGUUACAUGACAGACAGCAGCACUGCAUGUUUCAGGACACUUGUCUUAUGCCUGUUGAUAUUGGUCAGGAAGCAUUAGACCAGUAUUUUCAUGAUAUUGUAAACAUUGCACCUGCAGAGGGGAAUAGUCCAGUUGGGGUGCUUUCUGACCACACCAAUGAGGCUAAAUGUUUCCCUGUGUUGUUUCCUCUUGGUAGUAAGACUUUCCAUGACAGCCGUUCAUAUCGCUUAAAAUUGUCUCAUUACUUAAACAGGAUUAUGCAUGCUGAUGGUCGUUUUGCGCGUAAUGUAGAAUACAUUUUCUUUUCCCAGUACAUGUCAGAGAUGGAUCGAGUGUCGUCGAGUGUUUCUGUGGCAUUGCGUAAGGGCAAAGGAGGACAGAAGUCUCAAAGGAUUAGUCCAAAAAUGUUGAUUGAUUGAGGAGUCUUUGAAGCAGUUGUUAAAGUUCAAUGAGGGGUUUAGGUUUCUUAAGCCUAUUAGAGGAACUCAAGCUUUUUGGCAGUCGGUUCAGAAGGACAUCUUAGCCUGCGUACAUCAGUUGGAGAUCCCAGCGUGGUUUUAUUCAUUUUCAUCUGCACAUCUGCGUUGGCAGAAUCUCCUGACCACUUUUCUGAAACAGGAAGGCAGAACACAGACAGUAGAGGAUUUGGAGUGGGCAGACAGGUGUGAGUUGUUGCGUCGUAACCCGGUCACAGCUGCGAGGAUGUUUGACUAUAGAUGGCAUUGUAUCUUGAAAGAAGUUCUGUCUCCUUCCCAACCAAUUGGCAAAAUUAUUUAUCACUUUUAUAGGGUAGAAUUUCAGCAGCGCGGUUCUCAUGUUCACUGUCUGUUUUGGAUUGAGGGUGCUCCCCAAAUUGAUAAGAACACAGAUGAGGUGGUUGAGUUCAUUGAUAAAUACUUUACAUGCGACUUACCCUCAGAUGAUGAUACAUUAUUGGACAUUGUGUCAUCAGUUCAAACACACUCUAAACGAGAUUCUAAAUCAUGCAGGAAAAAGAAAACAUGUCGUUUUAAUUUCCCAAAACCUGACAUGGAUUUUGGUAAAGAUAAAACAUUUCCUCUAAAAAUUUAUGUUAAAUUUAAUGAUGAUAAAAUUGGCUUACAGAGGAGGAAGACAUAUGUACACGCAGAAGUAGAAUGCAGGGAUUCUACUGCUAUUGAUCCAGAAAAGGAGAAGGCCACUAAACGUGGUUGUGUGCAUUUACAGUUUCCUCUGAGGUUAGCGUGGGUGUGUACUGUUCACAAAGUUCAGGGCUUAACUGUAGAUGAGGCUGUUGUAUCUUUGAAGAAGGUGUUUGCACCUGGGCAGGUAUAUGUAGCUCUGAGUCGUGUUAGGGCUUUGUCUGGACCGAUCAUCAUGGAUUUUCAAGAGAAGGCCAUUUACUGCAAAGACACCAUAAAGAAGGCCACGGAUAGCCUGCCUCCAUUUUUAAUUGAACAGCCAAAGCCUUCAAUAAAUGCACAAAGUUACUCUGUAUAUUUAAUGAACGUUCAGAGUUUAAGUCGCCACCUGUCAGAUUUGGUGUCUUGCACACAGCAUUUGCAGCCUAACUGUAUUGCUGUCACAGAAACGUGGCUCACUGCACAAACCUCAUUAAACAGUGUGCAAAUCAGUGGUUACACUUUCCACAGUCGUCCUCGAGGUUUGUGUUACACCAGCAGUAACCCCAAAUUGUCAGAACUACAAAAUCUACAAUAUGGUGGAGUUGGUUUGUACUGUUUAGACGAUUUGGACUGUCAGAUUCUGGAGGUACUCGACUUAAAUCUGGAGUGUUUGGUGUGCCUGUGUAACACAUUAAACAUAUUGAUGGCAGUAGAUUAUCCUCCACCAUCUUAUCCAAAUUCUUUAUUUAAACAUAAUGUGGGGAAGUUACUUGACUGGUUAAAUCCAAUCAGUAACACAAUUGUACUAAUGGGAGAUUUUAAUGAAAACAUUUUAAAAGAAUCAUCAAUUUGUAAAUUCAUGGGCCAA